AAAACCUCUCUGAACUAAACAAAAACCCACCCACCAUCAUCAUCUUCUCUACCAGCCGCCAAUUCCAUUUCCUCAAGAAAACACAGACAACAAUGGCAACUCUAACCCGCCCACAUCACCAAUCCCAUCUCUUCACAAAUCUCUCUCUCAAACCCAAACCAAAACCCGCCCAUUUCUCCCCAUCAAGAAUCAAAAUGUCCCUCCAAGAAACCGCCCCUUCCGUCGCCAUCGUCGGCGUCACCGGCGCUGUCGGCCAAGAAUUUCUCUCCGUGCUCACAGACCGCAACUUCCCUUACAGGUCAAUCAAAAUGCUGGCAUCCAAACGCUCAGCUGGAAAGCAGCAGACUUUUGAAGGCAAGAAUUAUACCAUUGAAGAGCUUACUGCUGAGAGCUUUGAUGGGGUUGAUAUCGCGCUUUUUAGCGCGGGCGGGUCGAUUAGUAAGGAGUUUGGGCCGAUUGCUGUUGAAAAAGGGUGUGUUGUUGUUGAUAAUAGCUCGGCUUUUAGAAUGGUUGAUGGGGUUCCUUUGGUUAUUCCUGAAGUUAAUGGUGAUGCUAUGAGUGGGAUUAAACUUGGGGGAAAAGGCGGUUUGAUUGCUAACCCGAAUUGUUCGACUAUUAUUUGUUUGAUGGCUGCUACUCCUUUGCAUAGACAUGCCAAGGUGAAACGCAUGGUUGUCAGUACCUACCAAGCAGCCAGUGGUGCUGGUGCUGCUGCAAUGGAAGAGCUGGAGCUGCAGACUCGUGAGGUCUUGGAAGGAAAGCCUCCCACAUGUAAGAUCUUUAGUCAACAGUACGCUUUCAAUUUAUUUUCACACAAUGCACCUGUUCAAUCAAACGGAUACAAUGAAGAGGAAAUGAAAUUAGUAAAAGAAACACGAAAAAUUUGGAAUAACAUGGAUGUUAAGGUCACUGCCACAUGUAUAAGAGUUCCUGUCAUGCGUGCACAUGCCGAAAGUGUCAAUCUUCAGUUUGAGAAGCCCCUUGAUGAGGACACAGCAAGGGAAAUUCUGAAGAAUGCCCCUGGAUUGGUGGUUAUCGAUGACCGGGCGUCCAAUCACUUCCCUACACCAUUGGAGGUAUCAAACAAAGACGACGUUGCCGUUGGUCGAAUCCGCCAAGAUCUGUCACAAGAAGGGAAUCACGGGUUGGAUAUAUUUGUUUGUGGGGAUCAAAUACGCAAGGGGGCUGCACUUAAUGCCGUUCAGAUUGCUGAGUUGCUGCUAUAGUCCGGCUUACGGCUCUAGGCUAGUAUUUUUUUCAUAUGUAUGAUGAAUGCUUGAUCAGAAUGGCGGCCGACACCAAUUAAUUUUUGAGUCAUCUGUUUUUCUAGUUUUCAGAAGCAGACAUACAUUGUUUUUUUGAGGUUGAGCUAAUUCAAAAUCUAUGUAGUAUUAGUCUCUUUUUUUGCUGCA